UGCAUUUGCAAAGCAUCGCUCUGUGAGGUGCGGAGCGAGCGGGGGGGCAUUUUCUAACCUCGGACUAAGAUCUCCAGGAAAAAAAACCCAAGACUGGAAUCAAAUUCCUCAGAAAGUCUUCAUCACACAGGAAGGAGAUCCACUAUGUCUGCAACAGGCUUGUGAUUCAGAGAAAGGACAGUUCUGAGGAAGCCCCACCCCCGAACCACCCAGGCGAGAUGAACAUCUCCCAGAGGCCCCCGGUGCAGAAGGAUUUCCUGCCCAACGUCAGCCUUGCACCACGCAAUGCCACCGAGGCCGGUGGUGAGAGUAAGCCCACGGUCUGUGAGCAGGUGAGCAUCGCCACGGAGGUGUUCCUCACCCUGGGCAUCGUCAGCCUGCUGGAGAACAUCCUGGUCAUCUGCGCCAUCGUCAAGAACAAGAACCUGCACUCGCCCAUGUACUUCUUCGUGUGCAGCCUGGCCGUGGCGGACAUGCUGGUGAGCGUCUCCAACGCCUGGGAGACCAUCAUCAUCUACCUCCUCAACAGUGGUCAGCUGGUGGUGAGCGACCACUUUAUCCGGCAGAUGGACAACGUCUUCGAUUCCAUGAUCUGCAUCUCUGUCGUGGCCUCCAUGUGCAGCCUGCUGGCCAUUGCAGUCGACCGAUAUGUCACUAUCUUCUAUGCCUUGCGCUACCAUAACAUCAUGACAAUGCGGCGUGCGACCUUCAUCAUCGCUGGCAUCUGGACCUUUUGCACAGGCUGCGGCAUCGUCUUCAUCAUCUACUCAGACAGCACACCCGUCAUCGUUUGCCUGGUGUCCAUGUUCUUUGCCAUGCUUCUAUUGAUGGCCUCCCUCUACAGUCACAUGUUCAUGUUGGCACGAUCCCACGUCAAGCGCAUCGCUGCGUUGCCCGGCCAAAACUCUGUCCACCCACGUACCAGCAUGAAGGCUGCCAUCACCCUCACGAUCCUCCUGGGGAUCUUCAUCGUCUGCUGGGCACCCUUCUUCCUCCACCUCAUCCUCAUGAUUUCCUGUCCUAGGAACAUCUACUGUGUCUGCUUCAUGUCCCAUUUCAACAUGUACCUCAUCCUGAUCAUGUGUAACUCCGUCAUCGACCCGCUCAUCUACGCCUUCCGUAGUCAGGAGAUGAGGAAGACCUUCAAGGAGAUAAUCUGCUGCUACAGUCUGCGUAACACCUGCGGAAUGUCCAGCAAGUACUAGCGCUGUUCUGUAAAGGAAACACAGGCGGACUCUGAGUCUGUACAGAAUAUCGUGUUGUACAAUAACCUGAUCUCAUGAAAGGAUUGAAGUUCUGCCAGUAUUUCAGCUCACCGUACCAGAGGUCCUGACUGUACAGCGCAUGGUAUCACCCUUGCUUGGAUGCUCAUCAACUUUGCAUGGCUGUUCUAACUGAUCAAAUAAUUUCAGGUUAAUAAUCAUUUCUGGGCUCUCAGCCUUUUGUCUUCUGAGAUCAGGUACAUAGUACAUCGAUAUAUAAAAUGAAGCAUGACUUAAUUUUCACAGCAAAACCGGAGGCUCCCAUUUCCUUGAAAAGCUCCUGUGCUGCAUUGUUGCAACGUGAAGAUGCUUGACGCCGUGAUUUAUCUUUACGUCGCUUUUCAGUUUUCUGCAAGAGAUGCAGGUUUUGCUCGUCUGCUAAGCUUUUGCUGUGAAAAAAUGUGAAUUUUUCCUGCACAUUAAUUUUCAUUCAUUUUCUUGAAAAAUUUCCUGUAUUUGAAGUUUAUCCUGAUAAUAAUUGUGUUACUCAAUUAAUAUUUUGCAUUUUGAACUUACUGAGUAUAAGUACUGAGAUUUUAGGGUAGUACACACUCCUGAGCAUAUUUUCAUGCGCUGGAGCAAAGAAGUAGAUGGUUUUUUAAACACGUAGUAUUGCAGAAUAGUUCAGGAUUAAACCAUAAUGCAUGACAAGACAGCUAAUCUUAAUGCAAGAUAAAGCACAAUUUUCUAAUACUGUAUAAAUCUGUAACAUACAUAAUACAUUGAUACUAAGGAAAGCAUGUUUAUAUAGCCAAGAAAAUGUGAUUUGCAGUACUAAUAUUUAUGAUUUAUAUUUGCUUCUUUUCAAUAAUUCUUUCUUAAUAUUAAUCCUAAUUUAUUGACAUAUUUUAACAUUGUAUAUAGACGCUCCUCUACUUACGAAUGAGAUACAUUUCAAAUGGCCGUUCACAACUUGAAAUGUUCGUAAGUAAUUAUUCAACAUCAUUUUAAGGGUAUAUGCAAGUACAAAGCUACGCUAAUGCGCGAUGGGAGUAGUGGUCAGAAGUCGUACUAGGCGGAAUUGGUGUGCAGAAAAAAAAAUUGAUAUUGCAGACAGGAAAUGGGAGCCCAGUGAACACAGUUUGGGCUUACAGUUGUCUUCGUUCGUAUGUCUGAAAGUUCGUAAGUUGAAAGUUGGUAAAUAGAGGAGUGUCUGUAUAUAAAUAUGUCAUAUGAGGUCCGUGACAGUAGCCUGAGAUCUGCAGGGUUGUGGGUCAUUUUCUGGUUCUCACCCUGGAUCUGGUUGAAUGAAUUUGUGUCUCUGAGUUGCUCACAGGGUGUAAUUGGCUGUGUGUGUGAGAGUGUGAAGAUGGAGUUUUCAUUUGGAAUUUCAGUUUAGCUUUAAUUCAGUGCAUUGCUUUUACUUCUGACAAUAACUCGUUUUAGUAUCUUUUUUUUUAUUUCUGUUUUAAUUUCCAGUGUUAUGGUGAAAACCUUGAUUAAGGUGGGUAGGUGGCAAGAGAGGGAUGCAAACAAGUGCAUGUUGUCUAAAAUAUACUACAGACCAUACACUGCUGGUGAAAUUUAGUGCGGUUUCCAAAUACAGUUCCUAUUCACAGUAUGAAUAAUUUAUUGCAUAAAUAUUUAUACUAGUGUCAAUCUAAGAGAAGAGCACUUCUCACAGCUAAAUGUGCACAUGGGAAUCAGUAUGUGCAAAACACUCAAGUAGCAGACUAGGCCAUAGGUAUAAAAAUGGCUAAGAAGCAGGAAAAUAUUAAUCUGUUAGCAGGCCACUAAGCACAGUGAACUAAUUGCUCUCCAGUGAGAGAUUAGUAUUUUUCAAUAAUGAGUGAUAUAAAUUCUACACCCACUACGGAACAGUUGGAAACAGUUUCUCAGAACAGAGGUGUGUGUUUGUGUUUGUGUGACAGGGAUAAUCAGAUCUUCAGUAGUCAAGUAACUUCCUGUUCAUCAUGAUCAUCACCUUGCCCAGAGUGGCUGCACUCUUUCUCAAACCCAGGGGCUGUAGUCCCCUCGCACUAAAUGUCUGGAUAAGCUGGUUUCCUUGGCCCCCAGGACCCCACUUCUCUGGAGCAGGCAUGUAGUAACCAGUCAAACCAGUUAGUAAAACUAUGAGUUUUAACCCCUCUGGAAAUUAGCUUCAGCAUUGGGGAAAUGCACUGAGGAGGACAACCUCCCCCCAGACCUAUGGUCACCUAUGGCUCAUAUCUGCAGAUCUGCAUUAUGACAUCAGUUAGUUUGGCACUGUAUAUAAAUGUUAGCUAGUUAAGUUGCUCUGUCUUGACAUCGUGCCAAAGCAUAGUUCCUGGUCCCUAGUUCCUAUUGUUGACUUCAUUCAUCGUUACUUGAUACACUCACUCAACAUUUCCAAGACAGCAUGAAUCAAAAUGUAUUGUUCUUUGAUUAACGUUCGUAAUUAAUGUCACCUAUCUGUGGCAAUAUUGCAUUAUUUUUUGUUACUUUUUCCAUUGGAAUAAUAAGGUAAACCUACGAAGAGUUUAUAUGGGUUAAAUUGCUAUAACUACAAUGGGAUUAUUUAUAUAACCUAAGGAUUGAAUUUUAAUACAAUUUAAGAUCUCAGCUGUGCUAAAUUGAUGUAAGACAUGCCUUGCAAUGGGCUGACUCCCCAUCCUGGGCUACUCUCUGCCUUAUCAAUAACAGGCUGGAUGGAUGGACGGAUGGAUGGAUUGAUUUAAUGCAUUUUCAUAAUGAGCCAUUGAUACCCCAGUACUGGAAAGGAAAGGAAUCUCAAAGGUGUGUUUUUUGUAAGUUCUCCUUAAAGCCAUUACGCAUUAUAUAAAAGUGAAGUGAUUGUCAGGUGUAAUUGGGCUUUCUCCGUCAUUUUAUCACAUUAAAUCUGACUAAAGGUAAGUAGGAAGAAUCUGGUGAAAAUGAAAUUAAAUUACCACUUUCUAAGCCAACUAAAUAACCUCCCUCGGUCUAAUUAGCUUUUAGUGUGAGCUUGUCGGAUCACCACCACUGCCUAUGGAGACACGUGUGCUUUUGUGUUGCUCAUGGCCCAGGGGAUUCCAAUUCUCAUUUCUUAACAAUGACUUAAGCCUUUUACAGCAGUAGGUUAGUUAUCCCUGCGACCCCGACCAUGAUAAGACAUUAAAAGGCGUAUGGAUGGAUGCAUGGAUGGAUGGAUGGAUGGAUCAUCAGACAGGAAACCCAAAGAACAUCAGCGUUUUCUGGGUAUUGGUGACAUGCCGGGCCCGGUGAAAGCCCAUGUUGUGCUCAAGGCAAGCUUCACUGCUGGCGUGCCCUCAGUUACCUCCAAAAUACAUGUGCAAGGGGAGUAAGGAAAAAGAAGAUGGUUCAUUGUUUAAUGUUAAUAAUAAGUAACAUUUUUAUAUAAUAAAAAAUAUUACUACUACUAAUAAUAAUAAUAAUAAUAAUAAAUACAGGCCAAAAUGUAAAACACUGCCUUAUAGCGCCACCAUCAGGCUGAUGGGUGUGAUUUUGCUUGCCUGAGUGGUGCGGGAAAUUCUACACCAAUUCACCAAAUUUGGUGUUUGGAAUUUCUAGGCGCAGCCAGGGCAUUGAGGGUGUCCAGUUCGGUGACCUCAGGAUUAGGUCUCUGCUUUUUGCAGAUGAUGCGGUUCUGUUGGCCUCAUCGGACCGUGACCUUUGGCUCUCACUGGGACGGUUCGCAGCCGAGUGUGAAGCGGCUGGGAUGAGGAUCAGCACCUCCAAAUCCGAGACCAUGGUUCUCAGCCGGAAAAGGGUAGAAUGUUCUCUCCGGGUUGGGGAUGGGGUCCUCCUCCAAGUGGAGGAGUUUAAGUAUAUCGAGGUCUUGUUCACGAGUGGGGGAACAAUGGAGCGGGAGAUCGACAGGCGGAUCGGUGCGGCGUCAGCAGUGAUGUGGGCGCUGCAUCGGUCUGUCAUGGUGAAGAGAGAGCUGAGCCAAAAGGCGAAGUUACCAGUCGAUCUACCGAAAGAACGAGAUCGCGGGUACAAGCGGCCGAAAUGAGUUUUCUCUGCAGGGUGGCUGGGCUCUCCCUUAGAGAUAGGGUGAGGAGCUCAGUCAUUCGGGAGGGACUCAGAGUAGAGCCGCUGCUCCUCCGCAUCGAGAGGAGCCGGAUGAGGUGGCUCAGGCAUCUGAUUAGGAUGUCUCCGGGACGCCUCCCUGGUGAGGUGUUCCGGGCAUGUCCCACUGGGAGGAGGCCCCGGGGAAGACCCAGGACACGCUGGAGAGACUAUGUCUCUCGGCUGGCCUGGGAACGCCUCGGGGUCCCCCCAGAGGAGCUGGAUGAAGUGGCCGGGGAGAGGGAAGUCUGGGUCUCCCUGCUGAAACUGCUGCCCCCGCGACCCGACCCCGGAUUCAGCGGAAGAUGAUGGAUGGAUGGAUGGAUGGAUGGAUGGUGUUUCUGCACCCUGCAGUUUCUGCUCCCCAUAUUGUUUUAGUGCCGAAGAACAAUAAUAAGAAGAAAGAUCCAAUCAAAUAGAGUCAGCUUCCGGCACUGCAUGCUUGGACCCCUCAUAAUUGUAAGUGACAGUGUUAUUGUUUCUUGGAUAAUUUUGAUACCCGGUGGGAGAAUAGUAUAAGUAAAUAUUUUUUAAUUUAAAUUUUAUAAUGAAAAUACAGAAUAUAGCAUUUUUUUUGAUGAUAUUGCAACAUGAUUGUAUAUACAAUUAAUCGUCUUGGUAUGCAGUUAAUCGCAAUUUUCUUUUUUAAUUGUUUGACAGCCCUUUUAAUUUUUUUGGUCUCACUGUGCUAACCUGACAGUGUCCCUGAGUCCUUUCCGAUCCCCCCCACAGCGCAUAGCUGUUUUGUGUCGGCACUGCACAGGCCUUGAGUACUUUGCAUACAAGAUACCCGAUACCAAUUUUACUUGAUUGGUCGCAGAUGAAAUUGCCUAGUUCAGAAUCAGCCUUGCCGCUCCUCGGAAGGUGCCUGCCUAGGUGGUCACCUACAGGUAUGUCUCUUACAGCAGUGUUCCCCAGCCCAGUCCAGUCUGCAGGGAACACAGACAGUCCGUGUUUUUGUUCUCUGUCAGCUCCCAGCACAGCCAUGCCAGGUAUUUGAAGAUUUUGAUUGGCUGGUAGCUAAGAGGGAGCAAAAAUGUGGUCUAUCUGGGGGUGUAUGAGGACGGUGUCAGGAAACACUAGGCUUUUAGGAUUGACCAGACUUGGUUUCUGUAAUGAAAAUCGUUCAAUUUAGUCUUCAUUCGUGUUGUAGUGGACAUUAUGCUGACAUUUUAGUUUUAGUGUUUUUUUUUGCAUACUGAUUAUAUUUUUAUGUUAGUUAACUGGAAUAUUUUUCUCCAUCGCAAACGCACACACUCAUACGCACACACAUUGUGCCCAAGUAUCUUUCGGAGAAUCAUUAAGAAUCUAGUAAUGAACAAUCACAAAAAAAUACGCACAGAUAAUAUACUGAAAACUGGUCAAGCUGUAUUGAUAAAGGCCUGAAAAAUCACGUAUAUAUUAUAUAUGUGAUUUUUAGGUGAGGCAAACAAUAUUGACGAAUAGUGUUGCGAUUUCAUAUCUACCAAUGAAUUGUAUUUUUACACUGUAAAUUUCAUGUUACAUCAUCAACAGCAUUAGCCAAGUCUCAGAUUGCAUCGCAAGGCAAAUAAUACAAGGGUCCCCAAACUUUUUAGCCCAAGACCCCCAAAAUAACUGUGCCAGAGACCCGCAAUCCCCAUCUCGGUAGAUUUCACACUGGUUACGAAGCAGUUUUUCAUGUCUUACACUGUAGAUAAUGAAAUGUAAAUAUAUUAACUCCUUAAUGGAAUGAUUCAUGCGUAUCUCUUUUUCAACACUUUCUUUCUAUCAAAGUUCUUGUCUACUUUGGUCAAACUGCCACAUGACUUCUGAAUGGAAUCUGUACAUAGAUGCUUAUUGACAAAAAAAAAUGUUUUUUCUAAGAUCAUCGUUUUAUUUAAUGCUUUAUGUUUUGUCAAUGAGAUCAGGUCACGCUUGCUAGAAUACAUGAUGGACAAAUUUGUCUAGUAGUAAAGUGUUGUGUUUUGGAAAUAUCAGCACCGUGUGCAAUUACUGUAAAUGCUAUCAGAGUUACCUGUACAGAUAAGUAAAAUUCACAAGCACAGUCAGUGUAUAAAGACCGAUGUUUGUCUUUAUUUGAUAAAGAGCCCAGUAUGUUAAAUCGGUUCCAUAAUUUAUUUGGUAUAGGCAUAAAUGUUUAGCCGGCUGAGUGGGUAUCACUGUCGCAUCAUACGCAUAGUUUGGGGAUUUGAACCCUACCUAUGCUCCACUUAUGGGAAGUUUGCAUGUUCUCCACCAGUUGUGUGUUUUUCCCCCUGCAGUCCAAAGACGCACAGUUAGGUUAACUGAUGUCUUUGAAUUACUCAAAUAUUUUUUAAAUAACAAUUUUAUGGAAAAAAGUGUGAUUGUGUCGUGGGUGUCGCUUGCCCCCUUUAACUGGGGCAUGUGUCCCACUAUGUAUGUGCCGUGCCCCAGUAAAAUCUCACAUUCAAAUCAUAUGGGUAAUUGGUGUCGGGGGGGGCCUUUAUGUCUAGCAACGGCCAUGGAUUUUGUUCAUUUGAAAACAGAAAUAUUUUACAUACAUGCUGUAAUACUAUGAAUAUCUUUCCGCAGAAUAUUGAAAAUGCAUUAAAUAUGUCCUUUGUUGAUUAAGUAAAUGUGUGAUCAAUAAAUAUGACCAAUAAAGUAUAUUUUCUGUCA